AUGAGCCACCUCGAUGAGAACAGCUUCUUGAAAGUGGCCAGAUCACACGAAAAGCUGCUCGAGGCCACGCGGCUUAUGAAAAACAAGAGCUUCUACUGCGUGGAUUGGCAACGCGACAAGGCGUUCACACAUCGCGAGGCGCCCUCGUUGCUGCGAAUGCCCUGGUCGUGGACGUUUGAUGAGGCGGAUGUGUUGCUGAUGGGCGCCAAGGUGCGCUGGAUGGCGCACGAUCUGGGCGCUCGACCCUCGUUGCGGCCGCGA